GGUGUCCGAGUUUCAAACGAACCAAAACAAAACCCAUUUGAGUACCGUAUCCUUUGCUCCCGAUACCGAAGAGCACAAGCGUUCCGCAGGCUCUCUUGUCCGCUGCAAGCCAACCAACCGCCGAACAGGGUUCGCGGCAAACCAAAGCUGAACACAGCCCGAUACCACACCAAAACAGGCACGGGAGUCCGUCCUUCCGACCACCGGGGAACGACGCACCAAAAGAAUGGCUCGCAUCCACCGGGCGAGGAAUAGCGCGGAAGCACCUUUAUCUGUAUCCGUACCUGUAUCCCUAUCCGUACCCGCAUCUGUUUCCACCCACAAACGGUCGGCUUUUCUCCGCGCGGGUCUCGCAACAAUCGCGACGGUGCUGGUGUUUCUAUCGCCCUCGUCGUCCCUUGCCCCCGGCAUGUUUUCGCGGGGGAGCCCGUCCGGGGCCCUCGGCAUGGUCCGGGCCUUUCGGCCGCAGGCCAUCUCCCGGAGCCCGCGGACGGCCUCGUUCGCCUCGAGAAAACGACCCUGCCGCCUGCUCGGGAACCGCCCGGGCCCGCUUUGGGCCGGCAUCCCGACACCGGCGGCUCUUUCGCAGCGUCCAAGUGCACCGGCUUCUGCGUCGCCGGCCUUGUUUUCGACCCGGAGGAGCAGCGACACCGGGAACGCGAUCGGGAAAAACCAAAACCACAACCACAAAAACAGCAGCAGCAGCAGCAACAACAACAAGAACGCACGGACGAACACCGGCGGCCUGCGCCGCCUGCCGGUGGUCAAGGGACCCAAGGAACUGUCCGACAGGGCCAAGAAAGUAGCCGGGUGGACCAAGGCCGACGAGAAAACCAAAAACAUCCGCAACCGCGCCCGAAAACACGGAUCGGAAACCAUCAACACGCUCAUGCAGCAGCUCUGCGUCCCCCUCCGGGACAUCGUCAACGGGUACCGCCGGGAGCUCCGGCGCCUCCACCCCUUCGAGGCCACCGUGGCCGACCUGACGGUCCGGGCCCGCAUCAAGAAAGACGGCCUGACGCUCGAGGUGCUGCUGGAAGAAAUCCACGAGGCCCGCAAGAUGAUCCUGGAGGCCGGAAAGGAAUGGAUCUACAAGUGCAAGCACGCCGAGACGGCCCGGGAGGCCAACGCCGCCCGGCAGGACGGAACCGCCGCCCUCCUGGACCUCUUUGACGAGUUUGCCUUCCAGCCGGUGGCCGGCAUGGUCGACCUGCAGCGGUCCCUCCGGAGCGCUCCGGCCGUCGAGCUGGACGCCCCCGCGGUGGUACUGGUGGGGGCACCCAACGUGGGAAAGUCGAGCAUCGUCCGAACCAUCUCCUCGGCCACGCCGGAGGUCAACAACUAUCCCUUUACCACCCGCGGGAUGACCCUGGGGCACGUCGAGGUCUUUUGGCAAAACGUCGUGGGGGGAGCAGCAACCAGCGGAGAGGACGCCUCCGACGGAUCCGGCGACGACCAAGGCCUUUCCGGGCAGUCCUACGAGGUCGCACGCGCCGUCGUCCCACCCGAGAACGAGGAUCCGCGAUCCAGCAAGGCCAAGCGGCGGCGGGAGGGCCUCAUGACCCGAAAGGACCGGGAGGGCGAGGACAGCCGGUACGCCUUUUCGCAGCUCUGCCAGGUCAUGGACAGCCCCGGGAUACUAGUCCGACCGGAGGAGGAAGAGCACAAGCGGAACGAAAUGGAAGAACUGACCCUGGCGGCCAUGACGCAUCUGCCCACGGCGGUCAUGUACGUCAUGGAUCUGUCGGGGCAGGCCGGGGACAAGUGCUCGAGCGUCGAGGACCAGCUCCAACUCCGCCGAGAAAUCCGGCAGCGCUUCCCGAGGCGGCCCUGGAUCGACGUGGUGUCCAAGAUCGACCUCGGAACCGUCGACGGUGCUAUCGAGGAGCUCGACGAACUGAUCGCGGAAAACGAGAACAACUACCCCUACAUCCGGCUGAGCAUCCACGACGGCGUGGGCGUCGACGAGCUGCGGAGACAGGUCCUGAGGAUGCUCGGCGAGGUCAGGGUGGUCCUCGAUGCCAUGGGUGGAUCGGCGGCGGCUGCGGCACAGGCGGCCAAGACCACCGGAAGCUAGCUAGCAAGCUAGGCACUCAGACAGGCGGGAAGGUGCCCGCCAUUGGUGGAUCGGCGGCGGCUCGGACCGAUGCGAAACGGUCGGACCACCCACGAGAACGUAGAGAAUGUGUAAUAAUACCGUCUUCCACCU